AUUGAAGGAACAGCAUUUGUGCGGUUAUUUAGAUACUUAGACGGUUUCUUUAAUACCGCGCACAGUUAUGUCCACGAGUGACUUUUAUUUGAGGUACUAUGUGGGGCAUAAAGGUAAAUUCGGUCACGAGUUUCUGGAAUUUGAAUUCAGACCAGACGGAAAGUUGAGAUAUGCAAACAACAGCAACUACAAGAACGACGUCAUGAUCCGAAAAGAGGCCUAUGUGCAUAAAAGUGUGAUGGAAGAGCUGAAGAGAAUCAUUGACGACAGUGAAAUCACAAAAGAAGACGAUGCCUUGUGGCCUCCUCCGGACAGGGUUGGCAGACAGGAACUGGAGAUUGUCAUUGGUGAUGAGCACAUUUCAUUCACAACCUCUAAAAUCGGAUCUUUAAUUGAUGUAAACCAGUCCAAGGACCCAGAGGGACUGAGAGUUUUCUAUUACCUGGUCCAGGAUCUCAAAUGCCUCGUAUUCAGUCUCAUCGGCCUCCACUUCAAAAUCAAGCCCAUCUAACUGCCCUUUUGCUUUUAUUGUGAAUGAAAGUCGUGUUUUAGUUAUUGUUUGAGCUACUUUCAACAUUUGUAUAUUGUUCGGUGGUUAGUUUUUUUUUUUUUUUUUUUUAAUAAAAUGUGUUCAACUGUU